AAACGUCAAAAGCUAGUGAGUGCAUGAGACCGGCACGAUCGGUCAUCGAUCGCCUUACCUCGCACGUGAAAGCAGGUUUUCUGCGUUUUCGUUCCCAUUCGUUUUUCCGAAUCUGAGGCCUGUCUUCUAUCUCUUUUCUCGAACAGUUACACUUUGUUUUUCGCUCAAGACGUCCUUCAAACAUCGAUCGCAAAUUACACUCGUUCUUUACACUUCUUCGUUUUACCACCACCCAUAUUCUGUUCGCCAUCGCGCCCGCAACCAUGACAAUGCAUCCCUUGCAGCGUGUCGCUUCUCCAUCGCGGGGCCUUUCCGCCCUUAUACAUAUGCUGGGCAUGGUGUCUUUCAUGGCGAGCUUCAGCUACCUGCACUUGUUUCCGCGGGAACUUCAUCUGGGAUUCGGAGGAGCUUUCAAGUUCCUAACCAUCAUUGGCCUGGGUCUAGCACUUGUCACGUUUGCAGUUGCGUUGCUUGCGGAUCUAAUCUUGAGCCCGAGCCUGUUCAGAAUCAAGAAUGUCCUCUCGGUCUGUUCUGCGCCCUUGGCCGUGCUCAUAAGCACCCUUUACUGGGGCAUUUGUGCAAUUAAUAAGAACCUGGUUGUGCCGCCCGAUAUGGCCAUUCCCGUUCUCCCAGAUGUAGGAUUCCAUGCCAUGCCGGCUAUCAUGCUGACGCUGGACUUGAUGUUCCUGAGCCCCCCUUGGACGGUCAAGGGAUAUGGUGCUAUGACUAUCAGUACGACUAUAGCAUUUUUUUACUGGGGCUGGGUGGAACUCUGCUUUUCUAAGAACGGAUGGUAUCCGUACCCGAUUUUCGAUAUCCUCAACACCUGGCAACGAGUCUUGCUGUUCACCUUUUCGGCGCUGUUGAUGACAGGUAGCACAAUGGCUUUGAAGUGGGUUUAUGGCAAGAUCAACAGCAUCGAGAAGUUCAAGAAAGAUGCUCUGCGCCCUCUCAAAGACGAGUGAUGAUCCCGGUAUUCAACAGUCUUACCAAUGCAAAUCUAGAGUUGGCUAUUGACCGUUUGCCAUCCAUCCAUCGUCAUGUUCCUGACUGUUGUUACAAGUAUUGGGUUCUAAUUGAACUCCGGUUGCGUUUCGUUUGUCAAGGAAGUCGACAUUUUGAGACCUGGGAAUGCAAUAAGACAGUCAAGAUAUGAAUGUUGAUACCCUGCAUUCGUUGUGAACAGUCAGCUAUGGGUGUGAAGAACAAACAUGUACU